GCCUUCUGCUCACGCGCUGUGGUCGCUGCGGUGCUCCGGACGGGAGAGGCGCGCGCGAUGGACGUGCAAGUGGCGCCGUUGAGAUCCUGGGACGAUUUCAUUCCCGGCCACGAUCGCUUCUCCGUGCCGGAUUUCAAAGACAUUUCGAAAUGGAACAACCGGGUAGUCAGCAAUCUGCUCUAUUACCAGACCAAUUAUCUGAUGGUGGCCGCGACAGUGAUCUCUAUCGUGGGAUUUCUGAGUCCACUGAACAUGAUCCUUGGUGGUGCUGUGGUAGUCCUGGUGUUCACAGGAUUUGUGUGGGCGUCUCACAACAAACAGUUUAUCCGCACGUUUAAGAAGCAGUAUCCCGCUGCGUUCGUCAUAACCAUCAUUUUGUCAAGCUAUUUCCUGAUAUCCUUUUUCGGAGGCGUCAUGGUGUUCAUGUUUGGAAUCACGUUUCCUCUGCUGUUGAUGUUUAUCCAUGCUUCCUUGAGACUUCGGAAUAUAAAGAACAAACUGGAAAAUAAGAUGGAAGACGUAGGGCUGAAGAAGACUCCAAUGGGUGUCGUCCUGGAUCUUCUUGAACAACAAGAAGGAAGCAUUAACAAACUAGCUGACUACCUAGGCAAAGUGAAGGAAUAAUGUUCUUUUGAUGGGGGAAACUGGUUGAUCUUGUCCAAGCUAAUUUUUCAGUCUUUACUGGGGGAGGUGGGGGUAGGAAAUACAAAGAGAAAACAAAUCGCAAGCUCUUCAGAGCUCUUCCAACCAGGGUGGGGAGGAGACUAUAACCUAUACAUAACAUGCGACAGUGCAUGGGGCACAAAUGCUUUUGGUAGUUCAUAGCACUUGCUUGUUUUCAGGGAAAUAACAGGAAGGACUACUUUUCUCUUAAAAAAAAACCCUUUUCCUGUACGUUAGUGUUUUUCUGAAGUGUGGACAUUUAUGUGAUAGUGUGCUAAAAGCAAAUAGACCCUUUUUAAACUAACAAAGGCACUCUUGCCUACAUCCAAAACUACUAGGGCUAACGAGUAUGUAUUUUCAAUAGACCUUUUUAAAGAUCUGUUUCCAAAUAAAGAAAUUGAGGGAGGAAGUAGAGAGAGAGAGAGAGAGAGAGAGAGAGACGUAUGAUUUAGCCACAUAAGGAAAAUUUUGGAAGUUGUGACAAAUCUAGACCUUUCUCCUGUUUACAAACCAACUUUUUUUCUGCACCAGAAUUCCAAGUCUGCAUAGAUAACAUCUUGCAAAUAGACAUUCCUUCAGCACACCUUUUGCAGAAUCUAUAGCAGUUGGGGAGGGGGUGGUGGUGGAGGAGUUAAUAACAAGAAGACUGCUGUUUUGUGCAUGCCACAUCUGACUGUAACAUACAUGCUUUAGUAUAUAUGUAGUGGGACAUGUAGGUAAUUAAAAAUAACUCUGCCAAGGCUAAGUAUCUGCUAUUUAAUAGAAUUAUGGCUGUUAGGAAGCUUUGAUCACUGUUGAUGUGUUUAUAUAGAUAUAUUUUACAGAAUAAAUGAACUGGAAAUACCUUCCUCAGUGUCUCUAGAUUUGGUUGUUCAUACAUCAUAGUAGCAGUGAGAGUAUCUUGGCUUUUUUCCCUACAGACGUGGCAGGGGGCAUUUGAAGCCACCCCUUACAGCAUAUUCCAUGCAUCUUUAACUUUCUGCCUGAAAGCCAGUGGCAUGAGUUUUGUGUGCAAAAAAAAAAAAAUUGUUCCUUGUUCUGCAACACCACCCUCUUUUUUCUUUUCUUUUCCGAUGCAUGUAUGCACUGACCAGACUGUUAUUUGCAAAUAUCCACACAAGAGAAACCUCUAAGGCCUGGUUAGGGCAAUGCUUUCUUCUUCCCCCAGAACUGAGAGUUGCAACACCUCAUUCCAUAUAUAAAUUAUAACAUGGACAGUAUUUUGUUGAGGAUAUAUUUUCAAUGUAUUCCAAGGUUGUUGUUUUUUUUUCAAAAAGCCUUUGCGGCGGGCUUGAUUUGUAUGUUGUCUUAUGUUAAUUAUAUGGACUAGUUCUUGCAACAACUAAUUUAGCCUGUAUUUCACUAUAGUGAGAGUUUUUAAAGAUUAAAAACGGCAAAGAAUAAAAUUGAUUAAAUACUCAGAA